AUGGCCCCAAUUAUCGAACAGCUGCCUAACGAGCCGUUAUUUGAUCACCUCCUGCACUCCUUCACGGCACAUCCUCGCCAUGUUCUGGUCCAUGAUCCCAAGAAUGGCGUGGAAGCCGACUGCAGCCAGCUCCUGACUGAUAUACUUCACAUGCGCCACCAAAUCUUCCAAGCAUUGCCCGCAUCAUCGUUUGACGCCCAGCGCAGAAUUGACCCGGAAAACCCAUACGUAAUCGUUCUCGCUCCGGGCAAUUAUGACUACAUCGUAGCCGCCUUGUCGACACUGGCAUGUGGAGGGGCGUUUGCCCCGAUUUGUAAGAAAGCCCAGUACGUUAGCCCCGGAAGAGGCCUGCCACCUUCUGGAAACGACCAAUGCAUCAUGCAUGCUCGUUUCACCCCGAUUCGAGGCCCAGGCUCCCAAAUCGCGCGCUACUACGCCGCGCGCAACAAGUCCGUCGCCAUCAUCCCGAUUGCAGUCAACAACGCCCCUGCGGCCCCAAGGCCUCUGGUCCGGAUUGAUCCAGCAAUGAUGCUGGACCCGACCAGCCCUGGCGUCCUCCUAUUCACGUCCGGAACCACCGGCCCCCCAAAGGGUGUGCAACCAUGUCGUGCUGGCUUUCCGGUCACCACAUUGGGUCGGUGCGGCUAUGAAUCUGAUAUGGCGGGUCUGGCUGGGACGCGCGUCGAGGUCAUCGAAAAUGAUCCCCGUGUGAUAUGGGAGUCGUUCUGCACCGCCCGCGUGUCCCAUUUCGGCGCACCCGCGCGAACAUAUGCCCAGUUGAUGAAGUACUUCGAGGAGCAUAUAGAUUGCUUACCGGUCGAGCAGCGUAGUCGGUAUGUGAAAGGCGUUCGGGCGCUACAGCGGGUCAUUGUUUCUGGAGGAGUCACCUGGCCCACAGUCAUGGGAUUUUGGAGAGAGCUGCUGGGACGCCCAUUGAGAAACAUGUACAGCUCUACCGAGGUGACUGCAGCCAUGGAAACGACGGAAGACUCUGACCCGAACUUAGAGCGGUGCAUCGGAAAACCUUGCCGUGGCGUCCAAGUCAAACUGUCUGACGGCGACCAUGGAGAAAUCCUGCUCAAAAGCGCUACUAUGUUUACACAUUAUCUCGGCAAUGAAGCAGCAACUCGAGCCGUCUUCGACGAGGAAGGAUACUACAAAUCCGGGGAUUUUGGACAUCUAGUCGGAGAUCACCUACGUCUCUCAGCCAGCUUCCAUUAUAUGCGCCAAGUUGCUGCCGUAAUCCGCCCAGAGACUUCAAAGGCUGCCGUAAGUCUAUCCCAGAUUCGAGUCGAUCUGCAAGACAAGCUGCAGCGAUACAAACUGCCGACGCUCUUGCGCACCUUGCACGACAAUGAGCAAGUCCCGGAAACCACGUCAGGCAAACCCUUGCGAAGGAAGAUGGAGGAGAAAUAUUUCUCGCUACCAGAAGAACCGCCAUUGCCUGCGGGAGUCGAAUUUUGUGAUACGGACGUUGGGACAGAAGAAACUCCCCGAAGGGCGUGGGAUUGGGGUGGCAUGAUGUGA